AUCUCACCCCCCUUCCAUAACCUGCCAUGGCUCCCCAUUGCCACACAGGAGAGUUCUCAGCGCUUCAGGCUGGAAAUCAAAGCUGUCCCCAACCUAGCCCUGGAUCAGCUCUCCAACCUCAGCCCCUGCAGCCCCUGCAGUCCCCAGACCACUCACAGGCUGUUGCCAGCCCCCUGGCCUUUGCUUACCUCUUCUGUCUGAGCUGCCCGGCCCUUUCCUGUCUGUUCAAGAGACAGCUCAGCCUCCUCCAGGAAGCCUUCCCACAGUUCCACAAAGAGCCCUUACCGCUUCUACUGGGCCAGCCCAGCCUCAGGUUCCUCCCUCUGCCCCAGCCCCACAGAGCUGGAGAGUUUGUGUCCACCUGUGUCUCUCCCCACAAGAUGGAGGACUCCUUGAGGGUAGGGCCUGGGUCCCCUAGGGCCCCAGCAUCACCCAGCGCAGGGCCAGGCUCGGUGCAGCAGCAGGGCCCCCAUGGCGUCUGGACGAUGGAGGAGCAGGGCCUGGCCCCCAAGUUCGACACCACCUUCGAGAACGCGCGGCCCACGAAGACUCACAUGGCAUUGGUGCAGCUGGAGCGCGUGGGCCUCCUGCGCUUCCUGGUCAGCCAGAAUGUGGAUGGGCUGCACGUGCGCUCUGGCUUCCCCAGGGACAAGCUGGCAGAGCUUCACGGAAACAUGUUUGUAGAAGAAUGUGUCAAGUGUAAGAUGCAGUACGUCCGCGACACCGUCGUGGGCAGCAUGGGCCUGAAGGCCACCGGCCGGCUCUGCACCGUGGCCAAGUCAAGGGGGCUGCGGGCCUGCAGGGGGGAGCUGAGAGACACUAUCCUGGACUGGGAAGACUCCCUGCCUGACCGGGACCUCACUCUGGCCGAUGAGGCCAGCAGGAACGCGGACCUGUCCAUCACGCUGGGCACCUCCCUGCAAAUCCGGCCCAGCGGGAACCUGCCCCUCGCCACCAAACGCCACGGAGGCCGGCUGGUCAUCGUCAACCUUCAGCCCACCAAGCACGACCGUCACGCAGACCUGCGUAUCCACGGCUAUGUAGAUGAAGUCAUGACCCGUCUCAUGAAGCAUCUGGGCCUGGAGAUCCCGGCCUGGGACGGCCCCCGCGUGCUGGAGAGGGCGCUGCCACCCCUGCCCCGCCCACCCACCCCCAAGCUGGAGCCCAAGGAGGAGGCCCCUGCCCAGCUCCACAGCCCAGCGCCCGCCAGCCCCAAGCAGGAGCCCGCAGCUGAGCCCGGCGCCCAGCACGACGGCUCCGGGCCCGCCAGCCCCAAAAGGGAGCGGCUGGACAGUCCUGCUCCCCACAGGCCCCCCAAAAGAGUGAAGACCGAGGUGGUUCCCAGCUGACCAGGGGGCCUGGGGAGGGCGGGGCUGUUUGUAGAAACCAUGGAUUCUUUUUUUUUUUUCUUACUGGUCUCACUUUGUUACUCGUCUCUGUCCUUGUGGGAAGACCUCAGGGCGCUGAGAGCUGGGCUCCAGGCCCCGGGGCAGACUUGCCCUCCAUUGCACCUCCCUUUAGCUUGGGGCCUCUGGAGGGGGCCUGGGAAGGAGCAGCCCCCCUGGACUCUGACCUUGGAGCUGACACCCCCCCACCCCCUGUACCUGCUCCACCCCCAGGCUCCAGCCUCUGACUCAGGAUGUUCCUGGGAGGUGUGGCCAGGCCCUCUGUGGUUUCCUCUGACCCCUGGGCCCUCACACUCCCCAACCCCUGCCUACCCCCAGACAGCCUUCACAGUCCCUCCAGGAGGGAAGGGAGGCAGGGCCAUCAUUUAGGAGCCAGACUUCAUGGCAGGACAGACAAUAGAGGCUCACACUGCCUUUGGGGCUGGAGGAGGAAGGGUGGGUUCACCUGGCUUCCUCCAGGCUUCCAGAAAAGCCUUCAAUGCAAUAAAAGAAUUUCUUGCA